UACAUACACUCCACAAACUGAGGGUCCCCCACGAGCUCUGUUCUUUUCCUCUUCCAGGGUGACCCUGUAAACUACGGAAGGCUCUUAACCUUUCAUGUUCCAGACAACCACCAUGACGGAGAGUUGCGGUGGAAACUGCCGGGGGGAACCACUGCUGGAAACGCAGGAGGAAGAGGUUGCAAAAGCUCCAUGGAGACUUAACGUGGAGGAGUUUCGUUUGCCAAACCAAACGCAUGAACAUCACCAUCAUCGUUUUUUCUCUUUUGGUGGACUUCUUCGCAAACCCAGGAAGCAACGGAAAGUGGCAGAAUAUUACAAGCAGCAAGAGAGCCUACUUGAAGGAUUUACUGAGAUGGAGACUAUGACUGAAACGGGUGGUUUCCCAGGAGCUCUCACCGAGGAUGAAAUGAAGCAGCUAGCAAAGAGUGAGAGGAUGGCUAUUCACGUGUCAAAUAUAUGUAACGUAGUGCUGUUUGCAGCAAAGGUUUAUGCCUCAAUUGCAAGCAGAUCAUUAGCAGUCAUUGCCUCAACCAUGGAUUCUCUCUUGGAUCUCUUGUCAGGGUUCAUAUUAUGGUUUACUGCACAUGCCAUGAAAAAGCCAAACCAAUAUCACUAUCCAAUUGGAAAGAAACGCAUGCAACCGGUGGGUAUCAUUGUCUUUGCAUCAGUGAUGGCAACCUUGGGGUUGCAGAUUUUGAUUGAAUCUGCCCGGGAACUUAUUUCCAAGUCUAAGCCUGACAUGGAUCCAACAAAACUUCAUUGGAUGAUCGGGAUUAUGGUGGGUGUGACUAUAGUGAAAUUCAUUCUUAUGGUCUACUGCCGAAGAUUUAAAAAUGAAAUCGUUAGAGCGUAUGCACAAGAUCACUUUUUUGAUGUCAUUACUAAUUCUGUUGGAUUAGCUGCUGCUGUUUUAGCUGUUAAGUUCUACUGGUGGAUUGAUCCAACAGGAGCUAUUAUUAUAGCAUUGUAUACAAUUAACACAUGGGCCAAGACUGUGAUUGAGAAUGUUGGUUCACUCAUUGGAAGAACAGCACCACCUGAUUUUCUGGCCAAGUUAACUUAUCUGAUAUGGAAUCACCAUGAGCAGAUCAAGCACAUAGAUACUGUUAAAGCAUACACCUUAGGUGCAGAUUACUUUGUGGAGGUCGACAUUGUGUUGCCAGAAGACAUGGUUCUCCACGAAGCACACAACAUUGGUGAGACACUCCAAGAGAAGCUAGAGCAACUUCCGGAAGUUGAGAGGGCUUUUGUGCACAUAGAUUUUGAGUUCACCCACAGGCCAGAACACAAGACCACGGUGUGAUGUCUCGGAACAAUGCUGUCAUAGCUUAGUUUUGGUAAUUCUCUUGUUUAUUUUAUGUAAGCCUAAUAACGUAAUUUUUUUUAGUAGUUUGUGAUUCUUCUGAAUGAUAGAUACUUCCUAUGUGGUUGAUUAAGAGUAAUAUGGGUUUAGUCCUACAUUUAGUUGUCAAAUAGCAUUGUUUUGUUAUGUCAUGGGACAAUAAUUGUA